UGGCAGCGUGUUGUUGUUGUAGCCGCUGCUAAGCUGCUAAAAGCUGCUGUUUGACCCGCUCAGGUUUGAUAUUCCGGGGCUCGAACCCCCGACACACCGAGGAUCAUGGCGUCCACCGCGGCAGGGAAGCAGCGGAUCCCCGAGGUGGCGAAGGUGAAAAACGAAGCUCCUGCCGAGGUGCAGAUCACCGCCGAGCAGCUGCUGAGAGAAGCCAAGGAGAGGGAGCUGGAACUUCUGCCGCCGCCGCCCAAGCAGAAGAUUACCGACAAGGAGGAGCUCAACGACUCCAAGCUGAGGAAGAGGAAGAAUCAUAAAGGAAGACCCAAAAGAUACUGCUGUGUUCAUUGCGAGCAAGUCUUCACCACUCCAUCAAACCUGAAAAUCCAUGAGAAAACUCACAGUGGUGAUAAACUAUACAGCUGUGAUCAGUGUGGUGCGGCUUGUACCCGACAAGAUCAGCUAAAGAAUCACCAACGUAUUCACACUGGAGACAAGCCUUACAGAUGUGAUCAGUGUGGAGCAGCUUUUGCCGAUCCAAGUAACCUAACGACUCACCAACGUAUUCACACUGGAAACAAGCCUUACAGAUGUGAUCAGUGUGGAGCGGCUUUUGCCCGGCAAGGUGAUCUAACGAGUCACCAACGUAUUCACACUGGAGACAGGCCUUACAGGUGUGAUCAGUGUGGAGCGGCUUUUGCCCUGCAAGGUCAUUUGACGAGACACCAACGUAUUCACACUGGAGACAAGCCUUACAGAUGCGAUCAGUGUGGAGCGGCUUUUGCCGAGCAAGGUACACUAACGAAACACCAACGUAUUCACACUGGAGACAAGCCUUACAGAUGCGAUCAGUGUGGAGCGGCUUUUGCCCAGAAAAGUACCCUAACAACUCACCAACGUAUUCACUCUGGAGACAAGCCGUACAGGUGUGAUCAGUGUGGAGCGGCUUUUGCCCGGCAAGGUGUUCUAACGAGUCACCAACGUAUUCACACUGGAGACAAGCCUUACAGAUGCGAUCAUUGUGGGGCGGCUUUUGCCCAGCAAGGUGCUCUAAUUAGUCACCAACGUAUUCACACUGGAGACAAGCCUUACAGAUGUGAUCAGUGUGGGGCGGCUUUUGCCCUGCAAAGUCAUUUGACGAGACACCAACGUAUUCACACUGGAGACAAGCCUUACAGGUGUGAUCAGUGUGGAACGGCUUUUGCCCGGCAAUGUCAUUUGAAGAGGCAUCAACGUAUUCACACAGGAUAAAAAUAGAGAGUUCAGUUAAAAUGCACCAAUUUAGUUUAGUUAAUUUAGUUUGAAAGAAAUUAUUCUGGUGGUUAGAUUGUUGGAAAGAUUUUUAAUAUUUUUUUAAAAAAGCAGCAGAUUCUUACAGCUGUAAGAGCUGUUCAGUUAUAACCAGAUUUAGAAAAUGAAGUACAAGAAUUCAAUUCAAAAGUCUUUAUUUUGAACAUGAUGGUGGUGUAAGUAACAGGAUGCUUGAACAUACUUGAGCAAUGAAUGCAAGAGACUUUUUUUUGAAGCAGCAGCAGUUUUGACAUGUUUAAAAAGAAGUAAGAAGAAUUAAAAAAAAAAUUCUCCUACCCCUUGAACUCAAUACCAUGUUUUUACAUAGACCCUUGUUAUUAGAUGUCAAAAAUCUUGAUGUAUUGAGAAGUUACACAAAUUAAUAUUAAGAAUUUUACACAGUGUAAACGUAUUGUGGUAUACAUAUACAUUUGUGGAUACCUGGGUGAUUAAUGCCAUUUGCUGUUACAUGGUUACAUGUCCCUCUAUAUAAACACUAUUUACUAUGAGUUCCUGUAUUCAUCUACAAUACAUAAAAGCAUACAUUAUUUACCAUGUACAAUCUUAUUCAUUACGGGCAUUCUCACACAAAUAUUUCUAGAUGCAUCAA